GAAAACCUCUAGACGGCAGGUAGGGCACCUGGGGACAGUCCGCUCUCUCUUUCUAUCAGCAAAACUGAAGCGAGACACUUAAGGAAAGCGGAAAUCAUUAUUUUCUUCUGUCCUCAAGUCAACAAAAGGGAUGAGCCCCAUGAAGAGAAACACUGCCAGUGGUGUGAUCACCUUCCACACACCUUUUCAUGUCAGCCUGUUGAAAUCACAGGAGUGCAUGACAGAUUUGAAAGACACCUCAGAGAGCAGGAAGAGCCUGUCUCAGCCGAGUGUGAGGAUGAGGAGCACCAGCAGAUGUGUAAGAGUGGGGAGAAGGGAUGAGACCUCACCCUCUGGGCCUCAGCAGGGUCCUAAACAGGACAGGCUCUCUUACACCUCCCUCAGACGACUGCAGGCAAAAAUGGAGGCUGAAAAUCAACAGAAAAGAGACAUAAUCCAACCUUUAGUGGACACAGAAAAUGGUUUUCUGAAGGAGCUGGAGAGUUUCCUGAGCCAGCGUGAUGUAGCAGAGCUGAGGAGGAGGGAGCUGCUGCACAAGCGCUGGACCGAGCGUGUGUGGAUGCCCCUCCAGAGGAGAGUGGAGCAACGUGUGUCCAGCUGCACCCCCGAGGAGACCAAGCGGCGGCAGACCUUAUACAGUCACUACCUCCAUCACUGCAACUCCAAGGGUUUUGUGUUUCUAGAUACUGGUGAUCUAAGGGAGUACAAUCCUUUUCUUCUCAACGUCAAAAACAAACACCACUUCAAGCUCAAUACAGUUGAGUUAAAGGGCUCAUUGUACCUUCAAUUACAUGAAAGACUGAAGGAAAAGAGAACAGCCAGUUCUUGUGAAGCAGGAUAUAAAUAUACAAGCAGUCAAGUAGAGAAGCUACCUCAGAGUGAUCGACCCCUUACCGAGUCUGUGACACCUCCGGCCAACACACUAUCACAAGCUUCAUCUUAUUAUCUAGUCUCUGCAUCGAGACAAACUCCAGUGCAGGACGAGACUGACGGAAGGAAGUCUGGCAGACUGGAUACGAUACCACGCCACAUAAUUGCAACUACCGCACCAGAUGGAAGGUGCCAUCAGAGCGGCUGCUGGUUCUCCAGAUGAGGGCGUUUAGCAACAACCAUGGCAACGUCAGUCUUCGUCUACCAAUAAAUUCCACAUAUGACCAGA